AUGUGUGAACAGGCAACUCAGAAAAGCAGGGGUUGUAUAUAUCUUGGAUCAGUGGAGAACAAAGAUGAUUUUCUGUGCCUGGUAUGCUUUAGGAUGGGAGACAGGAAGGACCAACCCUUGCAGUAUGCCUACAUUAGCUUUGGGCGAAGAAAGAAGGUGAAGAUGAACUGGCCCAUGGCCAUUGUCAACCUCAACUUUGAAUCUAUGAAGGACAAUUACCUUGCAACAAUGGUCAAGGUUGAGUUGGAGGAUCACUAUCACUUGCAUCCACACAAUUUGUUCACACAAACCUUGCACAUGCAUGGUGCAGCCCAUGCAUCUGAAUCUAGGAAGCUGGCAGACAGCUUGGAAUUCAUGCAUGGUAACACUAGUCACAGAUUUCCACCCAAUACAUUCAUUGUUGUUGACACACAUUCAGAUGAGUUCACAGGAAUGCUGCAGCAUACAGGAGGCAACAACAUGACCAUCACCAAGAUUGUCGAGGCCUACCUUGGCACAGAAUUCUUGAAAUGCAUGGGAGAGGCUUCGGAUGCUGCAAGGAGUCACCACUCUAUCCUCACUACUGCAAAAUCAAUGAAGCUGUGGUGCAACCUCACCACCAAAGCCAGAGGGGGGUGGAGGGGGCUACUUCUGGUCAGCUGUGGACCUGCAAUCAGGGUCUCCCACCACUUUGAAUCUGUGUUAAAGCUAGUCAAAAGCGACCAGUUUAAAGUCAUGGUUGUGUUUGGAGGGUCCGGAACACUGCCCUCCAUGGUCUCCCAUACUGUGUACUCUUUUAUAGUGGAGGCUGGAGUGUUUGGACAAACAGACCCCUGGUCAGCAAUCUGCCACAUGCUUACCUCAAACAAUGAUGUCUUGGACUACACGAUGGCAGUGGUGGUGUAUGUGACCACUGUCAAUGGUUCCUGA